AUGGCGUCUACGAAAUCCAAAUCCCGAGACUCGGAGAAGAAGGACAAGUCCGCGAAGACCAACAAGGCUACGAUGAAGCCCCUUCCUCCCACAGCAUACAAGAGCGAAGAAUUUGUCCAAGACAGCGACGACGAGGAGGAGAAAGACGAGGCUGCGGAUGAGAAUUCAGAGGGAAGCCUAGAUAGCGAUGACGAUGGCUCCUCGUCAUCUGCGAAGCCAGCCAAGUCUUCAUCAAAAGCCAAUGGCAGACUGCCGGCACCCUCUGGAAGCAGCUGCUCAAGUGAAGGCGAGAGUGAGGAAAGCGACGAGAGCAGCGAGGAUGGGGAAGCUUCUGACGAUGCUUCCGACCAGUCUCCAGUGGCCAUUGAGCCUACCAAGAAACCUUCAAAGCAGGCUCCUACCAACACUGUCUCGGUCACGGCACCUACGCCAUACAAAGCUCCUCCUGGUUUCGACCUUGCAUCAAUAGAUGUAACAUCGAGGGCGUCGCAAAUAUUAAGCAAGUCAAGCCUGGAAGGAAAACAGAUAUGGUAUUUCACGGCCCCAGCUUCAGUACCAAUCUCUUCAAUUGAGGCUAUGUCUCUGCUGGACGCAAAGAACGGUAAGCCGAUAUUAACGCACGAUGGAGAUGAUUACGGUUUCAUGAAAGACUCGGCCGAGGAGACGGCGUAUACCAGAAUAUUGGUGCCCAGCUCAGAUGCAGGCUACAAAGCUACCUCGAGAGAGAUCGAUCAAAUUUUCCAUCUUCAACAAGUCGCCAAAGAUCCAACGACCGCAAAUCCAGCCAGGGCGACGAUCCCAGCUCGAAAGCCUGUUCGACAACAGCCCCGAGGAUUGAAGAUGCGUUUUCACCCAAUUGGCUUCGGAGCUGCAAAACCUGGCACAAUUGGCUCGAGUUCGUCUGAUGAGGAAAUGGAAGACGCACCUUCCGCUACCAGUCGCCCUAUUCCCAAGGUCAAUAGUACUGCCAGGACCGACGAAGAUUCCGAUGAAGAUAUGGAUGAUGGUCCACCACUGCCUUUGCGGCCCCACCCCAACACGAAUGUCCAUGCGUCUUCACCCGAUGGUAUAUCCAAGAAGGACAAAAAGAGAAAGCAUAGAGAAGAGGGCGAGAAAAAGUCUAAGCACAAAAAAGCAGACCAUAUUUCAGAGAAAGCUAGCAGACAAUCGGUCACUGUCAAUUGA